UUCUGUCUCCGUUCAUUCUCUAUCUAUUUUCCACCGCAUCUUUCUUCGAUUCCUUUCCUCUUGCUCUCUGUUCUCCUCCCCUUCUCUGGUUUCUUCGUUCGUCUUUCGUACACGCUUCCUCCGGUCAUUCUCUCUCUCUCUCUCUCUCUCUCUCUCUCUCUCUCUCUCUGUCUCUGUUUCUGUCUCUGUCUCUCUGUCUCUGUCUCCCUCUCUCGUUCGCUCCGACGUCGUCUCGUGGGGUCAGUGCCUGCUCGAUCGGAUCCUGAGCAGGAACACACACCGGAGGAGGAGGACGAUCUCCCUCGUCGCGAGACUUCGAGCCACACACGCGCGCGCCACGCAUGCAGCCACGCAUCUUUCAAACACAAAACAGAGCCACGAAUCAGCUCUCUAGCCGAAGAAAAGUUUUGCUUUUUCACGAGGGCUCCCUCGGUGGGGAAAGCCACUGUAACCAGUGAACCCUGGAGAUUCGAACGGGCAGGGACGUUCAAAAAGCCGCGGGCAGAUCAUGUGGAUGAUUCGCCGACGACGUGACAUCUCGACGGCCAGUGAAGCGAGUCGUCAGUGAACCGACGAAAGACUUUCGUUUCGACGAAAGUAUUUCUCGUGUCUGGUGAACGACGUAGGCGGACUGCCCACGCGACAGGGAAACGUCGAAGAGAAGGCGAAAAAGCAUCCCGCUCGAAGAACACGUCGGCUGUUGACGUUUUUGCACCGGAGAUCGUCAAACCACUCGGGAGACAAUGGCCUUCGACUCCACGGGAAAUAAAAGUCGACGAAUUGUCUGAGAUUGCCGUCGUAACUUUCGUUACGACGAAGGUAUUUGUUCCUCGAACUCUUCGCUACGCUACGUCUUCGAAAGUUGCUCGAGUGGUGAACAAAGAGAAAGACGAGGGGGAAGGUGAAGAGGAGGAGGAGGAACCGUUGGACGAGGGACGACGAACAAACAAAAAGGGAAGAAAGCAGAAAGGAAGGAAGGAUCUCGCCAAUUACUGCCGCUCUGUAAUAAGAAUGGACCAUGAAGGAGCGCAGCGUGAGCUGGUAGUAGACGAGCGGUCGUUCUCUCUGUUGGUGCCACGACGGUCAUCGACGGGAUCCUGCAACGCUGAAUCGUUCACCCUGCAGGUGUUGCGCACGGCAGGUACGAAGUCGACAGGUACUGUAAUCGGGGGUGACCCGGUUGUUGCCGCCGGGGCGGCGAUGCGACGAUGAGCUCGCUGAGGAUACUGCUAUCCUUCUACACCCGACCAGAGCCCGGAGUAAUAGGAAGGCCUCGCCUUGCAAGCUGUCGCAAGGUCGAGCACAGAGGAGCGGAAGCCGGUUCAAGGCCGAUAUUAGUUGCUUGGCCAUGGACCUCGAGGCGAGGAAUGGGACCGGUGGUAACGACGACGAGGAAUACACGAACAUUUAUUUCAUCGUUGGGGAUCGUAGGGAGACGGUCACCUACAAAGCGGAUCAAGUCACGGACAUGGAGCUUAAGGAACUCUUUAGAAAUGCAGCAGAGGCUGGCCCUCUGGACAUCGUGAAGCUUUGCAAGGAGGACAAGCUGUUGAACAUUUCGACUAAUCUGCCGGCGAACACACCCGACUCUCCCUAUGUUCUUCAGAUCGUCGGAGCGCAUCCGGCCUCGUCGGGGGUGAUCGAGGCGGAAGUACUGUGGGCUCUCGAGAGACGUGUGGCGGCCUUGGAACGGCAACUCCGCGAGCAUCAAGAAGCCCUGUACGCGUCGCCGUCGUUCGCUCUUCGUGAACUGAAGCGGCAGGUCGACAGUUUCAAGAACAAGUUGGAGCACAACGACCAGCUCAGUUGGCUGAGUUUCUACAAACAGCUGCCAGAGCCGCUGUACGCGGAUUCCUGUCGCAGGUUGCAGUAUCGUCGGAAGAGCGACAGCAUGAAGCGGAAGGUGCGGGAAAAAUUUCUCAACAUCUGCGACGUGUCGGUGUCGUCGAGCGUUCGGGAGUGGCUACGCUCGCCAGCGUUCGACGCGCGGCAGUGGGAAGACGAGGAGCUUCUGCUGAUGCUGCAGACGAUGUUCGUCGAGCUGGACCUACCUCAAAAGUUUAACAUUCCUUUACCAAUCCUGAGGAACUUCCUCUACGAAGUUUAUAACAACUAUAACGAAGUGCCGUUUCACAACUUUCGGCAUUGUUUCUGCGUGGCGCAAAUGAUGUACGCGAUAGCCUGGGCAGUGGAUCUCCCGUCUCGGAUCGGCGACCUGGAGGUUUUUAUAUUAAUCGUCUCCUGCAUCUGCCACGACCUAGAUCAUCCAGGAUACAACAACAUUUAUCAGAUAAACGCCCGCACUGAGUUGGCGCUACGUUACAACGACAUCUCGCCGCUGGAGAACCAUCAUUGCUCCGUAGCGUUUCGCGUCCUCGAAGCACCGGAGUGCAACAUACUGGCGUCGUUGGACAACGCGACAUACCGUGUCGUGCGCGAAGGCAUCAUCAGAUGUAUACUCGCGACGGACAUGGCCAGGCACAACGAGAUCCUCGGCCAAUUCACCGACAUCAUCCCGGAAUUCGAUUACUCCAGCAAGGCUCAUAUCAAUUUGUUAUCGAUGAUCCUGAUCAAGGUGGCGGACAUUAGCAACGAAGCCCGGCCGAUGGAAGUCGCGGAACCGUGGCUGGACAGGCUGCUGCAAGAGUUCUUCAAGCAGAGCGACGCGGAGAAACUCGAAGGACUUCCGGUGACGCCGUUCAUGGAUCGUGACAAAGUGACGAAACCCUCGUCCCAGGUCAGCUUCAUCGGUCUCGUCUUGCUUCCCCUUUUCGAGGCCCUGGGCGAGUUGCUUCCAGAGCUGCAGAGCCUGAUAGUUCAGCCAGUGCGGGAGGCCUUGGAAUACUAUCGGAGAUUGAACGAAGCGGCGAAGGACGAGCGACACCACCGGAAGAGCGUGGCGGAUCUAGGCGAGUCGAACCUGACGAGCGCGGUGUCCGGCGGCACCGGCUCGUCCAGCGUGGUGAAGUCCACCUCGUCGCACAGUAUGCGCUCGAAACGUUCGGCGGGCACGGUCCACUCGCGGUCACGUUCCACCGACGACGACAUCACGGAGAAUCUAACGGGCGAAGACGCGGAGAACCUGGAGAGUUCGGACCCGGAGACGGCGACCGAAGUGGAGGUGAGCGAGAAGACGUUGAAAUUCAAGAUCUCGACGGAGGGGACGCUGGCUGGGCCGGCAACAGGUAGGAAAAGCUACCCGGGUAGCCGGAAGGGUAGCCGGGAGAAGUCGUCACUGGAUUAUCAUAAUCACGACCUGGCCAGGGCUGUCAGGGAGCACGAGCGCGAGAGAAAACGCAGUAAAGGAGAGAGCCUCGGCAGCGAUCUGAGCUCGCCGGUGAGCGCGUGGUCCGCCGAGGGAACAACCAGGAUCCUCGAGGAGCUGGAGAAGGACGAGACCCAAGCUCUGUUGGACGCGAAGUUGAGCGAACGAAGGAUGAUGGAGGGUAACGGUAACGUGGUGGUCGAGAGCCAGCAAAGGAACAACUUGAAGAAAACGAGCAGCCUGGCGAUCGAGAACGAACAGGAGACGAGGUCUAGUCGGAAAGAGGUUCAGAGGGAGUCGGUGGUUGGGGGGCUGCGAUGCUGCUGCGACGACAAGACCGGAUCCAACAACCACAAGUCCAUAUUCUCACGAUUGAGGAACUUCACCGAUCGACUUAGCAUCAGCUUCGACUCGAAGGAGCCACCCGCGCCCAAGCCCACGAAACACGUGACCAAGACGCUGAACAAGAGCAACUCGGUCACCGCGGCCACCACCUCCUCCAGGCACAACAACACCCUGGCAGUUUGCAAGCGUUGCAACCUCGCGAAAGUGACGAUGAAGGAGAGCAAGGCGAUAGCGACGGUGGUCGAGCUGUCCUCGGUGGACAAGCGCGCGAUGACGCUGCCCAAGGUGAGAAAGUCGACGGACUACAAGAACAAGAGCUGGAGGAUGGUGUUCGCCAAGGAGAAAAGAUCGUCCGCUUCGUUGGAGGCGUUGCCAGGCACGAUGUCGGAGAGCUCGUUGGCGAAACACCGGCGGAAUUCGUCGAAUCCCGAGGGCAAGUCGCACAGUAUAAAAGACGCGAAGGAUCAAGUUAUCGAGUUCGGUGAGAUCGACGUGCGUACGAAGCAGCAGAAGCAACAGCAGCAGCAACAUCAGCAACAGCAGCCGGAGAUCGUCGUGAAGACGGAGCACGGGUCCGGAGAGGUGGUGCAAGAGGACAUUGGAAAGAUAGAAAUCAGAAGAAGCUCGGCAAGCAUGGAGGACAUCUCGAAGAUGGCGAAGCAGGCUGAAAGCGUGAUGCUCGGUACGUUGGAGCCAAAGAAAGCGGAGGAGCGUCCUCACGCGGGUAGCUUGGACUCGAUGCUGUACAAGGACUCGGCCAAGUCGCGGAAGAAGCCAACGUACGAGGCCUCGCCAACCACCACGUCCAAGAAGCCUUCGUCUGGCCUGUUGUCGCGGUUCAAGUCCGGCAUGAGCAUCGACAGCACCAGGAGCAACAGCAACAGCGACUCGUUGCACGAUCAGAGCACGCAGUCUCCCAGCGGCUGGAUCUCCUCGCUGACGGCAAGCUUUCGGCCGAAGAGGCAGGUGCCAGAGACACCGCAGGUCUUGUCGUCGCAUCCUCCGCGUUCGCCGAGCCGCGAAGAGAUCAAGUGAUACGGCCUGGUGAUCGAGGACUCUUCCGAGAAACAGUUGUCGGGCCUGCACAGGUGGCUGGCUGAGAAUAUCUUCUGUUGCAGCGGUUGAAAGCGUACGCCAAGCAUGUUUCGCGUCGUGCUCGAUUCUCGAUACGCGAGUCGAAACGAGGGAAGCCGACGGGAUAAUUAUCGAGAGGCGGGAGGAGACGUCGGAGCCAAAGAUCGAUUGAGGAAGAUCGCUGAAAGUUAAAGAAAGAUCGAGGAGACACUUGGAGCACGGAAGCGGAGGAAAUCGAGCAAUGACGAAGUCUGAGCGUUCGUUGCCUCGACUGUAUGAGUAGAUUGUAUCGCCGGCCAUUGUCGGAUCACGUCUGCAUGUUCGACUGAAAACUGAAUUGUUCACGCCUCGACCUCGCGCGCCAGACACGUUCCUCGUAAGAAAAUUUCUCGGCUGGUUCUUCCCGUUCGAAUCGAAUCGCCACGCGAUCCGCGACGAUCGAUCUCGGUCAGCAAUUGCGAAACAUCGUGACAAUAUCCGAUAGAAUCUGCAUGCCGCCGGUUCAACGCGUCUUUGAGCACUUUGGAUCGUCUGGACACCAAAAUUUGGAUCGUGGAACGUUGCGUUUCCCACGCGAUGGAGUCGAAGAAAUUUUGGCUGCGAAGGUUCGGUUCGACAUCGGGCGAACGCAGACUCGAUCGUGCACUACCCCGAGAUACGAGAGUCUUCUCCUCGACGAGCAGGCAGAGAGAAUCUUCGGAGAUGGCUUGGGACAUUGCCAGACGAUAAAAGCUGAAAGAGGGAAGAGGCAGAUGACGGAAGAAAGUCUCUCGAACGUUGCACGAGGAUCAAACGGCGGUUCGAAAAGAAAAAAAAAAAAAAAAUGAAAAAAGAAAAAAAAUGAAAAAAGAAAAAGAAAAGAAAAAUUGAAAAUAACAAAAUAUAACGUCUUAUAGAUAACGUGCGUGUAGUAUGUCGAUUAGCUGUUUCCAAAUGUAGCCAGAGGAUGUGUGAGUGUAAUUUACGUUCAUAUCGAAGCCAAACUGUCGAACAGCUGGCAAAUACCAAAUAUAUGUAUGUAUAUGCUCUUAAUUAUCGAUCUCCGUUCCGUGAGGGCAGAAUGAAUGAAAGAGGGGGAGAGUGUGGCAGAGUGAAAGGGAGGGAGAGAAAGGUAGAAGGAAAAGCCUCGUAUGAUGGAAUUAAAUGUCGAGUACAGACGGGUGGGGACGAAUUGAAAUUAAUGGAAAUUAACGGGACGACAGAAGGUGAAGAUGGAUUAAAAGCUGAAGCGAAGAGAGAACGAGAUGCCGCAAGUGAGGGAAAGAAACACAUUGGACAAAACGGCCUGAAAGAUGAAAGAAACUGAGAGAAGCCGCGGUAUAUAAAUAACUAUUUUAUUUAUUGUCCAAUUAAAAAAAUAGCCUAACGAGUAAUCAUUAAUGUUGUUCGUUAUUAUACAUAUAUACAUAAAAAAAUAUAUAUAUAAAUAUAUGCAAGACGCAAUGUAUACAAAGACGUGGAAGAAAAAAACGAAAGAAAGAAAGAUAUGCAACUCCCAUCGAGACGAGAGCACAACGUAUAUAAAUACGCAUGAAGAAAAACCGAAAAGACGAUCGUAUGAAGAAGCAGGUCUAUAGUGACACACAUACAUACACACACACAAAAGUCGAGAGCGUAUAGGGAGAGUGGACUGGAUCUACAGAUAGACACGUGCGUCGUGUUCGAUUACGAGUCGAAAAAAUUCAUCUCUCCAUUUCUGAAAUAAAAAAAAAAAAAAGAAAGAGCAAAACUAAACGAACAGAAUAAAAAUAGUGAAAACCUUCCCAGUCGCGAGAAACAAGAAGAAACGAAAGAACAAAGAAAGAGAGAGAGAGAGAACUGAUAGAAAAUUUCACGUGUCGUGUAGACGUCGCGAGGAAAAGAGACGAAACCGAUCAGUUCCAGCUAUAUCUCGCAGGCGAUUCACCGAAUUCGCAAAAUUAUUUUGUCGGUCUGUCAGAAAUUUCGACGAAUGUCAAAUAAACGUUGUUUCCUCUGCUGAGAAGGUGUCUUCCUCUGAUUCGAAAGCCGCGAACGAUCUGAUCACUUGAUCCGUUCGA